CGGACUUCGUGUCUCUCUCUUGUGGUAGUUAAGUAAGAAGAACUAUUUUCCCCAGAAAAUUUGGACUUUUCCCGGAAAAUCUCUCUUCUUCUCCAGCUUUCGCUGUGGCUCUCAAGAUCCGAAUCGUCGCCAUGGCUACCAAGAUCUCGCCGCUGCAAUUACUUUUCUUGCUGUUGAUAGCUUUGGUGUUUCGUCAGUCUUGCAGCACGUACACUUCUCCGAUCUCAAUCAUUAAUCCCUCUAAAGUCAAACAGAUUUCCUGGAAACCCAGGGCUUUUGUCUAUGAAGGUUUCCUCACCGACUUGGAGUGUGAUCACUUGAUCUCUCUUGCGAAAUCGGAGCUGAAGAGAUCUGCUGUUGCAGAUAACCAGAGUGGAAAGAGCAAGCUCAGUGAAGUUCGUACUAGCUCGGGGAUGUUUAUCGCCAAGGGAAAGGAUCCUAUUAUUGCUGGUAUAGAGGACAAGAUUUCGGCAUGGACGUUUCUUCCAAAAGAAAAUGGAGAAGAUAUACAAGUAUUGAGAUACGAGCAUGGAGAGAAAUAUGAUCCACACUAUGACUACUUUGUUGACAAGGUUAAUAUUGCCAGGGGUGGGCACCGCCUGGCAACUGUGCUCAUGUAUCUCACAGAUGUAGAGAAAGGAGGUGAAACAGUGUUCCCUUCGGCUGAGGAACCUCUACGCCGUAAAGUUGCUGAAACGAAAGACAAUCUCUCUGAAUGUGCAAAGAAAGGAAUUGCAGUGAAACCACGAAGAGGGGAUGCCCUUCUUUUCUUCAGUCUCCAUCCAAAUGCUGUUCCUGACCCAAGCAGCCUCCACGCUGGGUGCCCAGUGAUUAAAGGUGAGAAAUGGUCUGCAACAAAGUGGGUCCAUGUAGAUUCAUUCGACAAGACCUUGGAAGUUGGUGGGAACUGCUCAGAUCUGAAUGUGAGUUGUGAGAGAUGGGCUGCCCUUGGUGAGUGUUCCAAGAACUCAGAGUAUAUGGUUGGAACUCCGGAGCUACCUGGCUACUGUAGAAGGAGCUGCAAAGUAUGUUAGCUUUAUAUCACAUGUUUCCCAUACAGUAUUUUGUUUAGGCCUUUCAGGUUGGUUAUCUGUUAAUGGUUUUCUUUUACGUUUUUGGUGGACAAUAGCUGCAUAUGACCCAACAAAUUACUAUCAUUUUCAAAAAAGGAAAAACAUUGUUGUACUAAAUCUUCAUUUAAAUCUUUACUAAACGUCAUCAUUCUUG